GGCAAAAGGCGACCGGCAUCACUCUCCACCACCACCACCAUCACCGCAAGCAUCCGUUCGUUCAUCGGGUUUGUUGUUUGGGAGGUCGAGAAGGAGGUGCCGGCAGCAGCCAUGGACCGGGCCAUCAACCGCACCUACGAGGAGUACACCCCCGUCGUCGAGUGGAGCCACUCCGCCGACGCCAGCUUCGUCAAGAUCAUCGUCCCAGGGUUCAAGAGGGAGGAGAUCAGGGUGCUGGUGGACAACCACGGCCACCUGCGCACGCGCGGCGAGCGGCCGGUGGAGGGCGGCAGGUGGAGCCGCUUCCAGAAGGACCUGCAGCUCCCCUCCGACUGCAACGUCGACGGCAUCCGCGCCAAGUUCGAGAACGAGGCGCUCACCAUCACGCUCCCCAAGAAGCACCCUUCGCCCCCGCAGCAGCAGGCCGCGCCGGUGGCCCCGGUGAUGCCGAUGCCGGCGCCCGCGCCGGCGACCCCCAAGCCCGAGCCCAGGAGGCCCUACGCGGCGCCGUCCCAGAAGCCGCCGCCGGCGCUCCCCGAGCCCGCCAGGCCGGCCGCCACGGCGCCGCCCCCCGUCGUCCCUUCCCAGAAUCCCUUCGCUGACCGCAGGCCCUCGCUGGCCCGGAAGCCAGCGGACAUUCCCGCGCCGGUAAGGCCCGCGCCACCCGUGCCGGAGCCGGAGUCCCCGAAGAGGCACAACGGAGCCGCUGCCACCGCGAGGCCCGAGCUGCCCGCCUUCCCGAAGCCGACGGGGGAGUGGGUGAGGGAGGAGGCCAAGAAGCCGCAAGAGGAGGCCAUGGCGGCCGAGGAGGAGGAGAAGCGGAGGAUGGAGAGGGAGGCGAGAGGGAAGAUGGAGGAGGACAGGAAGAUGGCGGAGGCGGACAAGGAGACGGAGAGGAUGAUGGACAUGGCGCGGCGGAGGAGGGCCGCGCCCGCCAACCGCGGGCUGCUGCUGAACGUGGCCGUGGCGGCGCUGGUGCUCGUCGGGAUCACGGUGUACGUGUGGCGCAACCUCAGCGCCGCUGCCUCCGGCGGCGGGGAUGCCGGAGCGGGGAGCUACGGCGACGAGAUGUGAACUGUGAUCGAUCGGGCAGCAGGUGCCAGGUGGUGCGAAGUAUCUGAAGCGUGAGAGUGAGUGAAAGUUCAUACGUGUGGGAAGGUGGUCGCGAAUGGAGGCUCUGAAGAAAAAUGGAAGUAUAUAUUCCCGCGAAAAAAAUGCAAGUAUAUAUGUGUGUGUAUCGUGGUUUGUUACAGAUUACAGAGACAUGGUUGGUUGAUCAAACUUGAUGAAAUAAAAUGUUAUGCACAAGCCUUUAACUUUCUAGUAUAA